CCUACAGUUGAUUGGCCUCUUGCUUCAACGCUGUAAUCAAAAUGGGUCGUGUCCGGACAAAGACGGUGAAGAAGGCUGCUAGGGUGAUCAUUGAGAAGUACUACACCCGCCUUACACUUGAUUUCCACACAAACAAGAGAGUAUGCGAGGAGAUUGCCAUCAUCCCCAGUAAACGUCUACGAAACCAGAUCGCUGGAUUCGUGACACAUCUUAUGAAGCGUAUCCAGAAGGGUGCUGUCCGUGGUAUCUCCAUCAAGCUCCAAGAAGAGGAGCGUGAGAGGAGGGAUAACUACGUUCCCGAGGUCUCCGCCCUGGAACAGGACAUCAUCGAGGUCGACCCUGACACCAAGGACAUGCUCAAACUCCUGGAUUUCAACAUCACCAACCUCCAAGUCACCGAGCCAGCAGCCCCUGGAAUGGCCUUCCGUGGUCCUCGCCUCUAAGCUACUUCUCACAAACAAUCUUCAAGUACUCAAACUUCAGUCAUCUCAGAUAUAUGAUCUUGGAGUUGUCUGUAUAACAGCAAUCCAGCACAAUGAAGCUCCCAUCCCAGCACACCCGAUACCAAGCGAUAAAGCGUCAAACUCACUUCGCCACGGGUAGUUUCCACCUUGUCACCGUCAUCUUAGAGGUGUUGUGAACAAGUGAAGAACUUUGUGAUCUAUAAUCUACCGUGGCAUCCACAUGGAAUUCUCAAAUAGAAUAAAGUGACACAGUUCAACCCAGCUGUAAA